UUAUGCAGAACAGACUAGCACACAAACAUUGUCAAACCAUGUGCAGGUUAGCCUACAAAUCAUUGUCAUUCCGCCGAUGCUAUUUCGGAGGGUAGCAUAGGGUGUCUAUUAAAACAUCCUAUACAUUCACAAAACCACACAAUGCUCUGUAUUUUAUCUAAACAUAGCGUACAGUUGCCACCUAUUAAAAUUCCACCGCUAUAAGUUACAAAGCGCGAGAAGCUAAUGAAACCGAGCGCUCCGUGGAAGGAAAGCUGUUCCUCAUUAAAGAGAGGACAGAGGUGCUAAGAGGAAGAGUGUGAAAAGAAUGAGUGUCUGAGGGAUGAGGAAUACAGCUGUCUCGUUUAUCAGGAAUGAAGACAGGCCAGAUAAUGACGCUUUGAGAUGAAGAAAUGUCUCCCAUUACUGAGUGAUAACGUCUUGAAAUGCAGUUCAGUGGAUCCACCUCAGAUUAGUACAGCUUUAUUGUUUUUCCAAUCUGUCAGUUUGAGUAAGAAACCAAUGCUAUUGUCAUUUCGGGAGGCAUCAUGAGCUUUAAUGUGAGGUUUUCCACAACUAUACUCUCAGUUUCUGUAAAUUAUUCAUGAGGGGAAAUUUUCUUAAAUAAUAGGCUCCCUUCUGGUCCAUUUGCAAAGUCAAAAUGUUCUGAUACCGUAUUAGCGAAGUAGCUGUGGAUACGUAACAUUUCCCGCAACGUAAACAAAAAACCUCUUUGGUUGCUUGUGAAGAUGUCCUUCAGACAUGACAGUAAUGUGAGUGCAAUGUCAGACCUCGGAACUCGGAGGUUAAAGAACCUAUUCUGUCUUCUCCUGGUGUAAACAAACUCUUUCUCAAUGUUGUGUACUAAACACUUUUCAGUUGAAUAAACUAAAAUGCCCUGCUGUUUUGCACUCUGCACCUAUACGUAUCGGUCCAUCAUGGCAUUGAAUAUCUAGAUUCACAAUCAUAACUGUGUGCGGUCCUGCUGUAUAUUCUUUUAUUGACUCAUCUGAUGGUAACAUGUGAAUGCUUUAGGUAACAGGAUGGACCUCAUGAUCAGCACCUCGACCACCUACAGACCCCCUCCCCUCCCCUUCGGCAGUGUCUUUUCCUCCCCCUUUUUCACAGAGUAAAUAAGAAGGGAACCCAGAGUCAGCGAGACUCGGAGUCGAAAGACACUCAUCCAGCCCUGCAAUGCCCAGUAGUACCCCAAGCACCAACGGAAUCAUGCCAGAAGUAAAGAAAGCAGGAAGAAAAGGAUCAAGGGCACAAGCCAACCCUGCAGAAAAGGCACCACCAUAUGACCCCAACAUCCCUGAACCCAAUACUAGAGCUGAGCUGAUCAAAUACUGGAUCAAUCUCUCUCUGGAUGACAGAACUGCUCAGAAAAUGUUGUGGCUCUCAGAAGGUGGAGCCAAAGUGUCACGUAUGUCAGAGGAAGUGUGUCCUGUUCUAGACAGGCCAGAAAGAUAUGAACAUUCACCACAGGUGCUGUGUAAGGAGGGUCUUCUGGGCAGUCGUGGGUACUGGGAGGUGGACUGCGAGGGCUGGGUGGUGAUUGGGGCAGCGUGUGAAAGCGCUGGGCGGAAAGCUAAGGAUGGCCAGUGUGGGCUGGGAGAGAACGACCUGUCAUGGGGUGUGGGCUGGGCCGGAUCCUGCUACCAUGUCUGGCACAACGGCGUGAACAUCGAAUUCCAGGCUCCCCUCUGUCCCACCAUCGGCAUCUACGCUGACCAGCCAGCGGGCAUCAUCAAGUUUUUCCUAGUCGAAGAUGGAGAGAACGGCUCCAAGGAGGUCAGACUGAUUCAUCGGUUUGCAACCACUUUCAAGGAGAAGCUCUUCCCUGGUUUCUGGGUGGGCAGGAACUCCUUCUGCUGGAUCCGAAAGAAGGAUCAGUAGGGGGUGAAUGCAUGAAGAGAAGGAGGGGUUGGGAGGAAACAGGGUAAGGGUGAUGUAAGAAAAAGGAGAAGAAAGUUUGAGAAGGAACCAUUGGUAGCGAGAAAGAUACAAAAAAAGUUCUGUAAUAACAUAAUGCUAAAACUGUCAAUGGAGACUUGCAUUCUAAACCUGAAUCUGCCUGUAAGUAAGUAACCACUAGGUUGAUGCUAAAUGUAGUGUUUUAGUAUUUAACCAGCAACUGAAUUGGUGUAGCAUUCAUCUUUAUACUAAUUAUUUUGAAUAUUCACUGUAUUAAAAUUUUAUAUUCCAUGUGAUGGCAAAUGCAGAUACUGUAGGACAUAUUUAUCUCUGUGGUCUAAUAAACGAGAUCAAAAUAAUAAUGAUGUGUGAUAUA